AUGAAUGAAUAAAAAUUAAGAGAGAUGAUGAAAAUCUAUACUGUUUCAAAAUAAGUAAACAAAAAGGCUGAAAAGAAUUUUAUCAAAUUUUCUAGUUAAUAUUAUAAAUUGCAUAAGAAUGACAUGACUCCAGAUUUAUUGGGUGAGGUCAAUUCUCUAAGAACGUAAAUCAAAUCUGAUAGAGUUGCAUUUUCUAAUUAGAACUCUCCUCAAGUAAGCCCUCGUCUUACUACCGAUCCUCUAUUUAAUUGUAAAAACAAAGGAUUUAAAUUUAUUAUAGUCAAAGAGGAGAAGCCAAAACUAAAUUCCAUAUACUCAGACGACAAACACUAACAAAUCUACAAACUCUAUAUGGAAGAAAUUAGCGAUCUCAAAUCAUGUAACCCAUGUUUACUUAUUCCUAGAACUGAAUUAGGCCAAUUCUAUAAUAAAAUAAUAAAAAAAUGACUACGAGAGAAAGAUAUUAGGUAACGUUUUCGUUUAAAAUAGAAUUAAAUCUAAAGCUCGAAUCAGAGAGAGCUAGAGUUAAAGAUCUCACCUAACAAGUAAGAGUAAUGCAGCAAACAUAAUUAGAUCUUAGAUAUGAAGUCUAAUCUAUUGCAAAAAUCCAAUGUCCCCAUACUCAAUUGUAGUUUUGAUUAAAGGAAGUAGACUUAGCCUUCUGAUCUGAAUAAGGAAUAGAGUAGAGAGUUAUUUAAGACUGAGAUAUGCAGAGCCUUAGAAAAGUACAACAACAACAAGUAGGAUUAGAGUAAAGAGUAUAAAUGA